AGCAGUGCCCAAUCUACAUCAACGCCCCUUACAUCUCCGCCCCUCUUCAACCCCUCCCUUCCAAAUUUCAGAACGUCCCGCCCAUUUUUAAAGCCUUUUUCAGAAAUGUGAAGUGGGUGGAGUUAUGGGUGCAGUUACACUUGAAGUAUGAUUCAGGUGCAUGACUACACUAAUGUUCUCAUAGCAUCACAGUAGGGCGGCAGUGGCUCAGGAGGUAGAGGAGUCGUCCAGUAACUGGAAGGUUGCUGGUUGGAGCCCAACUCCUCCUGACCCUGUGGAAGUGUCCUUGAGCAAGACACCUACUGUAACCCCAGUGCUCCUGAUGACCCUGUCCAAGUGUCCUUGAGCAAGACACCUACAGUAACCCCAGUGCUCCCGAUGAGCCUGUAGAAGUGUCCUUGAGCAAGACCCCUACAGUAACCCCAGUGCUCCCGAUGAGCAGGUUGGCGCCUUGCAUGGCAGCCUCUGCCAUCGUUGUGUGAAUGGGUGAAUUUGAGGCAUGAUAUGUAGAGCGCUUUGGGUGCAGAAGCCAAUUAAAUAAAUGCAGUCCAUUUACUAUUUAGAGUCUGUUAACUGAUGGAAUGUUUUCCCCUUAAGGCUCAACAGUUGUGGGCUCACUGAGAGGAGCUGUGCAGGUCUGGCAUCUGUCCUCACCAAAGCGUCUUCAAAGCUGAAACAUCUGGACCUCAGUGCCAACAGUAUUGGAUAUAUUGAUAUUGGGGUCCAAGAAUUGUGUAGUGGACUGGGUAACCCAAACUGUGCACUGGAGACACUCCGCCUGGAUAACUGCAGUAUUGGAGAGGAAGGCUUCAGAGCUCUUGCAUCAGCACUGAGAUCAAACCCCUCACACAUGAGAGAGCUGCAGCUGAGUGAGAAUAAAGCAGGAGACUCAGGAGUGAAGCAUCUUUCUUCUCUUCUGGAGGAUCCCAACUGUAAACUGGAUAAACUACACCUGUAUAGCUGCAGUAUUGGAGAGGAAGGCUUCAGAGCUCUUGCAUCAGCACUGAGAUCAAACCCCUCAACCAUGAGAAAGCUGCAGCUGAGUGUGAAUAAAGCAGGAGACUCAGGAGUGAAGCAUCUUUCUUCUCUUCUGGAGGAUCCCAACUGUAAACUGGAGAAACUACACCUGAAUAACUGCAGUAUUGGAGAGGAAGGCUUCAGAGCUCUUGCAUCAGCACUGAGAUCAAACCCCUCACACAUGAGAGAGCUGCAGCUGAGUGAGAAUAAAGCCGGAGACUCAGGAGUGAAGCAUCUUUCUUCUCUUCUGGAGGAUCCCAACUGUAAACUGGAAAAACUACACCUGAAUAACUGCAGUAUUGGAGAGGAAGGCUUCAGAGCUCUUGCAUCAGCACUGAGAUCAAACCCCUCACACAUGAGAGAGCUGCAGCUGAGUGGGAAUAAAGCAGGAGACUCAGGAGUGAAGCAUCUUUCUUCUCUUCUGGAGGAUCCCAACUGUAAACUGGAGAAACUACACCUGGCUAACUGCAGUAUUGGAGAGGAAGGUUUCAGAGCUCUUGCAUCAGCACUGAGAUCAAACCCCUCACACAUGAGAGAGCUGCAGCUGAGUGGGAAUAAAGCAGGAGACUCAGGAGUGAAGCAUCUUUCUUCUCUUCUGGAGGAUCCCAACUGUAAACUGGAGAAACUACACCUGGAUAAGUGCAGUAUUGGAGAGGAAGGCUUCAGAGCUCUUGCAUCAGCACUGAGAUCAAACCCCUCACACAUGAGAGAGCUGCAGCUGAGUGGGAAUGAAGCAGGAGACUCAGGAGUGAAGCAUCUUUCUUCUCUUCUGGAGGAUCCCAACUGUAAACUGGAGAAAGUUCCUGAAGAGUAG